AUGAAGAGACCCUCACCCCUGUUUUGGGAGCAGCUUCCACACAUUGGCAAAGAGGACGACCCCCACUCGCAUUGGGACAAAAAAUUAAAACCAUCUCAGAGCUCGACAGCUGUGAACUUCUUGCAACAAUAUCAUCUGGAGUCUUCAGAUUUUCCAAAUCGAAUGUCGCCAGAAAUUGGUAAUCCGCGUAAUGGAAGGCGACCUCUCUCAGCUAUUGUUGGAGAAUCUGUGACGCACAAAGACCUUCAGCCAUCAUCUUAUGUAGCAAGAUUAACACCACCUCUUCCAUCAGAUGGCAGUGGCAGUUUUUACGAUAGGAGUCAAGAAGACAUCCCAGAGAAUUCCAAUCACGGCACGCUCAUUGAUCUGACAGAGAGUUCGGAUAAAGUAGCCAAUGUUGAAAUUUCAAGGGCCAACUUUAGAAAUCAUGCAUUCAAUCACAGACAUCAUGACAAGAUUUAUGAGGCGACCAAAACCGGUGAAAUUGGAGGACAUGCACCGUUGAAAGAAGAUCAAAUAACCCUCAAAAAUAUUAACCCCGUUCUCUUGGCCUGGUUGUACAGCAUCAAGAUUGGCCUCACCGAUUCAGUCCACAAGGAAAUAACGGACGCCAACGAAGGCAUCAUUUCAAACUUCGCCAAAUCUCUCGCUUUCAAUUUGGAUGCAUUGAUCCAUCAUAAUCAAAAUCAGAGAGAAGGUCUUUCGAUGGAAGAAUUGUUAAGUCGUGAAUCAAGCCAUAAUUUCAAAGAAUUCGUCCACCUUCUCUGGUCUAUAAAUUCGAAGUUCAUCAGGACCUUCCAAACAAUGCAAGAGGAUUAUAUUGACGAGCAGAUUGGAGUUCAGCGUUGGCUUCUUAAUCUUUUGAAGGACGUUGGGAAAGCAGAAAGUGUCUCAAUGAAAAUUGAAGAGACCGAGGGCCUUACAAACCUUCUGAAGAAAGCCCUCACUUCAAGUUAUUCACCACCAACUUAUAGUAUAUUUUAUAACCACAAUAUUGCCUUACCAAGUGGUUUGGUUUGCCCGAAUCAAAUAUUGAUGACAGAAGCUGUGGUAAAUGUCCUGGCAUCUUACUAUAAGUCAACAAAUUUGAGAAAGUGGGAAGCCCUGUUCAGCGAGGAUGAAGAUUUUGUGAAAGCGCUAAAUAAAAUGAUAAGUUGGAAUGUGAAUCGUACUUAUGUCAUAAAAGCAACAGGAAUCGUUGAAAGCGAAGAUCGACGUGCAAUAUUUCCUUGGAAAAACAAUGUUCCUGCGGACUCGAAGUUUGCGACAAGAGAUAAAAGGAUACCAUUCUUUGGCGGCGGAGGUGGUUCUCCCAUCGACGGCAAAGUUCUUGACAUAGAAAGACCGCUUGACAGCCACAAUCUGAUGAUGACUGAUUUCAAACCCAAAGACAAAUGGUUAGCAGAAGAAAAUCCCGAUAAGAUGUGGGUACUUAUUUCGACAAUAGAACCUUACUACAAUAAGUAUGUUACAGGAGACUGCCACCCCCCAUAUUAUGGUCACAUUGUCAGAAAAUUGAAGAAUUUUCGACCAGAAAGCGGAGAGCGUAGCAGCAAUUUACGGAUAUCACACGAUGAACCCUUCCAAGAUGAAUUCUAUUCUAGUGCAAUCAAGAUGCUUCAACUGAUUUGGAAGAUCAAUUCAAGAUUUAUCGAGAGUCUUGGCUAUAGUGCGAAUGGAUAUAUCUUUCAUCAAGAGCAGCAUGAUCUGGAGACCGAAUUCCUUGAAUUGGUGACAUUAUCAGAACACCCUCAAUCCCCAAGCAUUUACUCGCAAUUGCCCGCAAUGGAGAAUUUAGCAUUUGUACAGCAGAAGAUCAUUGAAGCCUUGUGUUCUGAAGACAGCCAAAUUAUCUACAAGAUCAACAAGACCAAGCAUAAUAGCCAGGGUGGAAAUUUCCCGAAAGCAGAUAGCAAAGGACAACGAUCAAACCGAAAACAUCAACAGCAAGGGAAGAUAGAUCGACAUCCAUUCGAGAUGACUGGCGUAUGGCUCAGGAAUUCGAGUAUCGUCUCAACCAGGAACCAACCAGCACGGAUGAUCCAAAGAGCUUCGACCUUAGGAAUUGCUCGAUCAUCCGUCUUGACUGCUCAUCCUCACCAACACUCUCGCGCAUUUUCCCAGCUAUCGCCUCUCGGCUUUCCAUCCAACCACUGGCCCAGCACAAGCCCACUCAUCCUACGAGACCGUCUAGCAUAUCCUCGAUCAUAUAACAGUCUGAUCAAACGAUUCAACUCGACCGGACCCACUCCUCCUUCCGACAAUGAAAAAGAAUUAACCCAGUCUCAUAAAUCAUCUUCCAAGACUCUGACUCCAGCUACUGAUCAACAGUUAACUAGGCUACAGAGGAUAUGGAAGAGCGUCAGGGAAGAAGCGUCUCAUUAUUGGCAUGGUACUAAACUUCUCGGAAAAGAGAUCAGACUUAGUGCUAAAUAUCAAUUGAAACUCUUGAAGGGUAAAAAAUUGACUCGGAGGGAAAGGAGACAACUGAAAAGAACAACGACAGACUUAUUGCGACUUAUACCAUUCUCAGUAUUUUUGAUUGUGCCAUUCAUGGAACUACUCCUGCCGGUUGCCCUGAAACUAUUCCCGAACAUGCUCCCAUCGACCUUCCAAAACGAAUCCAAAGAACUAGAGAAGAAGAGAAAGUUACUCAAAGUCAGAUUAGAGAUGGCCAAAUUCUUACAAGAAACGUUGAAGGAGACUGGGAUGACUAAGAAGCUUAAUGAGACCGAAGAGUUUAAAGAGUUCUUUAGAAAACUGAGGAAUACUGGCGAAAAACCUAGUACCGAUGAUGUCGUUAAAGUCGCUAAAUUCUUUGAAGAUGAUUUGACUUUGGAUAAUCUUUCUAGACCUCAACUGGUUAGCAUGUGUCGUUACAUGAACAUCAAUGCAUUUGGCACGGACAAUUUCUUACGAUAUACGAUCAGAAAGCGCAUGAAACAUCUAGAAGCGGACGAUGCGAUGAUCGAUGCAGAAGGGAUCGACUCUCUAUCGGUUUCCGAGCUCCGCCAUGCAUGUCAAUCACGUGGGAUCCGCUCAUUGAACGUCGAUGAGGAGGGGCUGAGGAAAGAGUUAGCUCAAUGGAUCGAUCUUCACAUCCACCGGGGACUUAGUGCUACCCUCUUGAUUCUCGGACGGGCCUUUGCAUUCAAUCGGGGUGGAGACGGUGAAGCAGGAGAUAGCACCUUAGAAAGCUUGAAAGAUGCUCUCAGCAGCUUACCGGACACAUUGCUCAACGAGGCAGAACUAGAGGUAUCGAACGACAGUAUCACCAACAAGCAGCGAUUGAUUGUGCUAGAAGAACAGGAAGAGCUAAUUGAAGAUGAGCUUGAGCAAGAACAGAAGGAAGAGGAUGCCCGGAAAGCCCAACGAGAGCAGGAACGAAUUCAAAAGGCAGAGAUGGAGGAACAGGAGAAGAUGAAGAACGUCGUUGAAACGGCUGCUAACUUGCUCCCUAUCGAAAAUGCUGUGGACCCCGAUGCCAUCAGAAUGACCUCUGAACAGCUUAAUGAGCUCGGCGAAGCCCUGUCGAUCCUCAGCGCCAAAUCGAGCGUGCUUAAAGAGAAAACCGAACUCAAACAAUUGGCCGAAGAGAACCAAGAGGCAUCAGAAGAUCCCGAAAAUACUUCUUCUUCAGCUUUGGUGAAACGAAUUCAAAAGAUGAUCCAGCAGAUCGAUCAACAAAUAGAAGAGUAUGACACCGAAGUCGGCAAUCGGAUGCACCAAAUCAACAUUGGACAAGAUGGCAAAAUCAGUGUGGCUGACUUGCAGAAAGCGCUCGGGGCGAUCAAACAUCGUCCAUCGGAUGAAGCGAUCGAGAUUCUGAUCGACAAGUUGGACAUGGACCAUGAUGGCUUUGUGCCGCUGGACCAUGUAUUAUCAUUAGCUGAGGAGGAAGGGCUCGGGAUCGUCUUCUCAGACGACGACCAAGACUCCAAGUCUAACAAAAUCUUAUCCAAGGGCAAAGAGCUCCGAAACGAUGUCGGGCUCAAGUCUCAGAAACCUCCUUCCACCACUACCUCUCCUCAACAACCCCUAUCUUCUUCUUCUUCUCCUUCUUCUUCAAAUGACUCCUCUCAUCAAUCGGCUCAGAAGGAUGAUGUCAAACCUAAAAAAUCUGAUAUCGUAGAAGACCCUUAGACGUUUUUUAUUUUUCCUUAACCAAAUAAAGUACAUAAAUAUGUAUAUACAUACAUGCAUAAGUCAUGAUAUGAUCAAAUUAACCCUUGGCCGAGUGUCAAAACAAUCCAAUGUGACACAAAAAAUCCUUGAAAUUCGUUUCAAACGACGUUCAUAGGUAAGACUUGAUCAGGAUCUGAUGACCCC